AUGGCGGGUGAAUCUGUUAAAGCGAAGAGACAACCUAGCAGGUUACAGCGGAGAGCGCCGGCGUCGAUACAGGUAACUCCGGUCGGUCACUGGAAUGUAGCGAUCCCCCUUUUAUCUCCGCUGGUUUUGUCGCCGGAAGUGAAGACUAAUUGUGUUGAAAAUAUGAAAGAGGAGUGUCGACGAGUUGUGAAUAGUGAUAAUAAUAAGAUCGCAUCGGAGGCGGAGAAGACGCCGAUUGUGUAUAAGAAAUGGCAACAUCCGGCUGCUCCGUUUUACUACGAGUCAGCUCCGCCGUUACUGCAGUCGAUUUGUACUGGUAUUGUUGAUAGGAGUUGA